CAAAAGAGCCUCGCUCGGGCUCCGGCUCCCACCCGACGUCGGUCCAGCGCCCGGAGCGAGCCGCGAACCGGGGUCCGAGCGAGCGAGCGAGCGAGCCCAGCACCGCGCCCCGCCGCCGCCCCCCGGCCCUGCCCUGCCCCAUGGCGCUGAAGCGGAUCCAGAAAGAAUUAAGUGAUCUACAGCGUGACCCACCUGCUCACUGUUCAGCUGGACCUGUAGGAGAUGAUUUGUUCCAUUGGCAAGCAACAAUCAUGGGGCCUCCUGAUAGCGCAUAUCAAGGUGGAGUCUUCUUUCUCACCGUCCAUUUCCCGACAGACUAUCCUUUUAAACCACCAAAGAUUGCUUUCACAACAAAAAUUUACCAUCCAAACAUAAACAGUAAUGGAAGUAUUUGUCUUGAUAUCCUGAGGUCGCAGUGGUCACCUGCUCUGACUGUAUCAAAAGUUUUAUUGUCCAUAUGUUCUCUACUUUGUGAUCCUAAUCCUGAUGACCCCUUAGUACCAGAUAUUGCACAAAUCUAUAAAUCAGACAAAGAAAAAUACAACAGACAUGCAAGAGAAUGGACUCAGAAAUAUGCAAUGUAAAACCAGAAAACAUUUUCAUAUAUACCAGAGUACUGUAAAAUCUAAGUUUCUUCCAACAGCAGUAAAUUGAGUACUGUUUACUAUUUAAUUGUACCAUGAAAUCCUUGAUUUAUUUUUAUUUUACCCAUUCUCAAUUUAUUUCCGCAGCAAGAUGAAACAACCUUCCAAAAAUAUCCUUAAGACUGUGAUGAGAGCAUUUUAUCAUUUUGUAUGCAUUGAGAAAAACAUUUAUUAUGAUUUUUAAGAUACUUGGACGUCUACAUCAUCAGCUUAACAAGAUCUACAUGCAUCUGAAAAGCAACCAAAUUAUUUUUUGCUGAAUCUAGAUGUUUUUACAUGAGGAAUACUGUAUGUGUUGUCUAAGAUGUCUGUUUUAUAAAUCUGCAUUCAGAUUUCAUUCUUUGUUAGCUCACUUUAUAAUUUGUAUUUUUUUAUUGUAUAGACUAAAUAUAUUCUAUUUACAUGUAUGCCAAUGUAUUAUUUUUUUCCUGUGAACAGUAUUGAUAAAAGCCCAACAGUUGAUAGUUAAUUAACUGUCUUCCUUGUCUUAGGGUAUUCUGUAGGUCGAUUACAGAUUUCUUAAACCUGAAAUGAUCUUUACACUGUAAUUCUCAGUAUAUUAAUCAUGGAGAAACACUUGUUUUUGAUUUUGUUAUACUUGACUUUAUUGCAAUGUGAAUUAAUUGCACUGCUAAGUAGGAAGAUGUGUAAACUUUUAUUUGUUGCUCUUCGCGUUUGAAUUUUUUCUGUAUAGGCAAUAUUAUAUUGACACCUUUUACAGAUCCUAAUGUAGCUUUUUUUCCAUAUAAAUAAAAUGCUUUUUCUACUA